AUGCUCCUGUACUUGUCCCCGAAAAUGCAGCGAUUGACGGUUCCCGUUUUGGCCAAGUCUCCCGCCGCUUUACUCCCUCGCCAAGACCUCGACUCCCGUGAUGCUCGCGUUGACUCCCUCACGACUCCCGUUGACUUCCUCGCGACUCCCGUUGACUCCCUCACGACUCCCGUGAUGCUCGCGUCCCACUCAACUCGGCUGGUGUGCGACUCCCCCCUGCUCGCGGGCACUCGCGGCGGCUCCCUCGAAAAUCCCAUUCUGUCCUUUCAGCCCAUCCGUGGGUUUUCGAAAUGGUCAACUUUAGACGAGCUCGUAGACGGCUCGUUUCAUGCCUAG